AUUGACUUGAUAGAGUAUCCUGCUUUGAAAGACGUUAUUGUGUUGCAGACUGUGUAUGAGGAGUUAAGACAUUUGAAUCUGACGAUCUAUAACAGACUGAAAAAAGUUAUUGAAGACCGACAACGCCGGUUUUAUGUAUUUUCCAAUGAACAUCGUCGCGAAACUUACGUAGAACGGCUGAAAGAAGAAUCUCCUAAUGACAGAAAUGAUAGAGCUAUACGAGAGGCCGUUAAAUGGUAUACAAGUCAUCUUCAAGAAUCACCCACAAAUGAUCAUAAAGUCGUACUUCUAUCUGACGACGUUGCUAACCGAAAGAAGGCGAUAUCAGAAGGCUUACUAGCGUUUCCUGUUGAAAAAUACGUUGAAUCGAUUACAGAAACGCCAGAACUAGUUAAUAUGCUCAGAAAAAUGUCUGUCUCUGAUGAUUCUGAAAACAAGUUCACAUAUGAUGAGUAUCUCAGCCCUGCGCAGAUUGCGAACGGACUAAAGGAUGGUACCUUAUACCAAGGAACUCUCAGUAUCAGUAUGCACAAUUAUCUGGAGGGCUCUAUUACUCCAGUAAUUGAUGGACAGGAAAACCAGAUUAUGAUAAUAGGUCGUCCUAGGAUGAAUCGUGCCAUCCAAGGGGAUGUGGUUGCUGUCCAGCUGCUUUCCAAAUCAGAAUGGCUCAGAACGCCAUCAGCUGUAAUUGUAGAAGAAGACGAGGAAAGCGCUAUUCUUCAGGAUUUAAACGAAGCUGAGAUCUCUCUCGACCAGACUAGUAAGGAUCCCGAGUCUUCUGGAGAGCUCCAGCCAACUGGUAGGUCGUUGAACAGAUAUUGUGGCUUCAUUAACAAGAAAACAACCGAUAGCUCAGGCCAAGCUAGGUCAGAACAUGUGACCGUUAUUCCGAUGGAUAGACGAAUUCCAAAGAUCAGAAUGGUAACUCGACAAGCUCGAAAUCUUCUGGGACAGCGUAUCUUAGUAGCCAUUGACUCGUGGCCAAAACAUUGCAUGCUCCCACAAGGUCAUUUUAAACGAAUUUUAGGUCCAGCUGGGGACAAAACAACCGAGACUGAGGUGUUACUUCUCGAGCACGAUGUUCCUUUUCAAGAUUUUUCAAAACAGGUGUUGUCUUGUCUGCCUUUUGAAGGGGAAUCAUGGAAAGUAACAAAUGAGUAUCUGUCUAGGACAAACUUCACACAUUUGAAUGUUUCAAGUAUUGACCCGCCUGGCUGCGAGGACAUCGAUGAUGCCUUGCACGUGCGUAUCCUUCCAAAUGGGAAUUAUGAAGUUGGUGUCCAUAUUGCGGAUGUUACACACUUUGUGAAGCCUGGUACACCAUUAGAUGAAGAGGCAGCGAUUCGGGGAACGACUGUUUAUCUAGUCAAUAAACGUGUGGAUAUGUUGCCAGCCUUGCUUGGAAACAAUUUGUGUUCUCUUCGAGCGGAUGUUGAGAGAUUAGCAUUUUCGUGUGUUUGGGAGUUAAAUGAUGAUGCGGACGUUGUUAAGACUCAAUUCACAAAAAGCGUGAUAAUUUCAAAAGCUGCAUUGACAUACGAGGAGGCUCAGCGGCGAAUUGAUGAUUUGCACAUGGAAGACGAUUUGACCAAAGGCUUGCGGAUACUAAAUCAACUUGCCAAGAAACUUCGGGAAAAACGUAUCGAACGAGGGGCUUUGACUCUUGCCAGUCCAGAGGUCCGAUUCCAAUUAGAGAAUGGCUCACAAGAUCCUGUUGACGUUGCAGCGGAAGAAAUGAAGGAAUUACACGAAACCAAUGCGCUAGUAGAAGAGUUUAUGUUACUGGCCAAUAUAUCCGUUGCCGAGGAAAUUUUUAGAAAGUUUCCAGAAUCAUCUUUACUGAGGAAACAUCCUCCUCCGACUUCAUCGAAAUUAGAAAAGUUGUCGAAAACUAUAAAUGAAUUCGGAUUAACACUUCGUUAUGAUUCCUCAAGAACUCUUGCAGAAUCCUUGGAUAAAGCCGUCAUUCCGGAAGAACCUUAUUUCAACAAGCUCUUAAGGAUUCUCACUACUCGAUGUAUGAUGCAAGCAGCAUAUUUUUGUUCCGGCAGUAUACCUCAGAAGGAGUUUGUACACUAUGGUCUUGCUACUCAAAUAUAUACUCAUUUUACAUCUCCUAUUAGGAGAUACUCGGAUAUUAUGGUUCAUAGACUGUUAGAGGCAUGUAUUGAUGAGAACUUAUCGUACGGAAGUGAAUUAACGGACAUUAAAAAGAUUACUCAAUUAUGUGAAGUUUUGAAUUAUCGCCACAGGAUGGCUCAACAGGCCGCUCGAAGUUCGGUAGAGUUGCAUACACACUUGUUUUUUAAAAAUAAGAAAGAAAAAAACGAGGGUUUUGUCACACGCACAUUGAAGAAUGGAUUUAUUGCUUUAAUUCCACGUUAUGGAAUAGAGAGUAUUGUUUUAGCUACUCAAAAAUCAGGCAUGACCCCUCCAGUUGUGUACAAUACACGCACAAAUAGUCUUGAUUCAACGUCUAGCUCAACAAAAAUCAAGUUAUUUGACAAAGUCUUGGUUCAAAUAAGUGUAAAUGAAGACCUUAUCGGAGAAGGUGCAGGAGGCAUGAGACAGAAACUGAAAAUAGAGCUGGUUGAACCUUUUAUAUCCGGUUUUAGCGUGUCGGUGAGCGAGGAAAAUAAUAGUAUAAGAAAAUCUGAUGAAGAGAUUGGUAUUCAAGUAAAACGAAUGAAGAUGGACUAG